AUGAAACAACUCCUGCAAUUCGUAUCUACCACCUCUAUCAAUCUCACCAGGUUUCUUUUGCGUCGUAUCUCUUCUUUUGUGUAUUUUUACUGGAAAGUGUUUCAGAAGCAUUUGAAUGAUAAGACAUUGCUUUGUUCAACUGUGAAAGCAAUGGGGUCCAAAAGACCCUUUUCAAAUUCAUCAAAGGGCAAGAAGGAUGUGAAGCUUAAAGGGUUGGAAGCAAGCCCUGGUUUCAAGAAGAAUGUUGAUGAGGAGAAUGAUGUUAAUAGCUAUUCCAUUGAGAUUGAGAGAUUAAGAAAGGACCCAACAAUAGUAGAGGCAAUGACUGUUCAGGAACUCCGGAAAAUAUUGAAGAGAUUUAGGGUCCCUGCUAAAGGUCGUAAAGAUGAUCUUUUGUCUGCCUUGAAGAGUUUCGUGGACAGUAACAAGUGCGAACAAGAUUCUCAUACACGAGAAGAGCAAGAGCUAUUAAUUUCUGCUGAAAAUACUUCUGUAGAAGUGGAGGCUAAAAGGGUACUGGAUGAAGACGACCAUGUUGAAAAUGUCAAUGAAACUUCAGAGAUACUUGAACGAAACCAGGGUAAGAGAAAGUUAAAACAAUCUGAAUCUGAGAGAAAAACGGUCAAAGUGGUGACCAAGAAGAAAGUUUCACCGAAAUCAGAUGGUGAUGCAGAUUUUAAGCCUUCCAGGGCAAGGAGAAAAAUAUCUUCAGAUAUUGUUAGCAUUGUUGCUGAGUCAGAUGAAAUCAGUACAACUACCAUUCAAACUGAACCAUGGACAGUUCUGGCCCACAAGAAGCCUCAAAAGGGUUGGAUUGCAUAUAAUCCUAAAACAAUGAGACCACCAACACUGCAUAAGGAUACAAAAUUUGUCAAGCUUUUGUCAUGGAAUGUCAAUGGAUUGAGAGCGUUGCUAAAAUUAGAAGGAUUCUCAGCAUUUCAACUUGCCCAAAGGGAAGACUUUGAUAUAUUGUGUUUGCAAGAGACUAAGCUGCAGGAGAAGGAUAUAGAGGAAAUCAAACAGCGUCUAAUAGAUGGAUAUGAUAACAGUUUUUGGACAUGUAGUGUUACUAAGCUUGGUUACUCUGGAACAGCAAUUAUCUCAAGGAUAAAGCCACUUUCAGUUAGAUAUGGCCUAGGUAUAUCUGAUCAUGAUAGUGAGGGGAGACUUGUGACCGCUGAGUUUGAUACAUUUUAUUUGAUUUGUGGAUACAUCCCUAAUUCUGGAGAUGGCUUGAAAAGACUGUCUUAUAGGGUGACUCAAUGGGAUCCAUCUCUCAGCAAUUAUUUAAAAGAAUUGGAAAAGUCAAAACCUGUAAUUUUGACUGGUGAUCUAAAUUGUGCUCAUGAAGAGAUAGACAUAUACAACCCUGCUGGUAACAAGAGAAGUGCUGGGUUUACAGAUGAAGAGAGGAAAUCAUUUGCAGCAAACUUCUUAUCUAGGGGAUUUGUAGAUACCUUUAGAAGACAACACCCUGGUGUUAUUGGAUAUACCUAUUGGGGUUAUAGGCAUGGUGGGCGCAAGAAUAACAGAGGGUGGCGUCUUGACUAUUUCCUCGUCUCAGAAUCCAUUGCUGACAAAGUUCACGAUUCAUACAUUCUUCCUGAUGUUAAUGGUAGUGAUCAUUGCCCUAUUGGUCUUAUUCGUUUUAGAGAUUUAGACAAGUAA